CCCACAGUACCUGGUUGACUAGACUGUCCCACUCCAGGACCCCGCAGCCCCAAAAUGUCUGGUGACGAGAAUGGCGGAAGCCCCGCCGGCGAGAAGCCUGAAGGCCAAGCCGUGUCCGAACAUCUCAACAUCAAAGUAACCGAUAACAACAACGAAGUGUUCUUCAAAAUCAAGCGCACCACGGCCCUGAAGAAGUUGAUGGACGCUUUCUGCGAGAGACAGGGCAAGGCUCCCAACUCGGUCCGCUUCCUGUUCGAUGGUAGUCGCGUCCAGGCUACCGACAGUCCAGAUUCGCUGGAUAUGCAGGAUGGUGACACUCUCGAGGUCCACCAGGAGCAGAUCGGUGGUGGCGCGAAUUAAGUACAGGAAUAACGACGACAUGCGCAACCGUGGCAGACACUCUUGAGGGGAUGGGACAAAGGAGAGGACCCAAGGGUGAUGACGAUUGGGAUAUACUAUGGUCUGGGCAACUUUCGG